AUGGGGAUGGGGAGCGCCGGCGACGGAGAGAACCAUGGCGAUGGUGUGGGCCAAAACAAGAGGAGGAAGAAGUCGGCGGGGUGCCACCGAAGCCCACCACAGCAGUCGAGGCCCAGCCCAGCAAACCAACCAAGACCGACCGAUUUUCCCCUUCCCUGCUCCUCCAUUCCUUUCCUUCUCCUCCUGCCCUGCCCUGCCGCCGUCGCCGUCGCCGUCAGCCGUCGCCCCCCGCCGCCGCCUUCACGCUCCGAUUCGUCUGCCCACCAGUCAGGGUUUGGCAGCCUGGCGCCCAAGACGAAGAACGUGGUGGUGGCGGGCGGGCUGACGGGGUUCGUCUUCGGGGUGUACUACUACACCAUGUGGGCGGUAGGCAGCACCGACGAGCUGCAGGUCACCAUUGACAAGUUUGAGGACCUGAAGAAGGAGGCAGCCGCCUCCGCCGCUGCCGCAAGCGCCUCAACCCCGGGAUCCUCAUAAACAAAUGCGCCCUUAACUUUGAAACUAGCUGCUGCCUCUGAACCUGCCCAGGACCAUGGGUUUGGUUUGUAUUGAUAAUAAUAAUGGGUGCUUUUAGAGGAAAUACCCAAUGGUUCCUGGGUACAUAUGUACCCUAUAUGGGGAUUUAUUUUUAAUAGUUAAACAAAAAGUCAAAAUAGUUAAGAAACUAUUUUUAGAAUAAAGUUGACUUACUUA